UCGAGAAUUGUUACCGCCACGCCAGGUCCCAUCCCAAACAAGGGAAACGUGUGCGUCUGCGCAUCCACCUGAUUCCGUCAUCCAAGACCAGCACCGCGUAGAGAACAAUUCUCGAACGCGUGCCCUAGCCGGACUCACCCCACGCCGCCGGCCAAUUUCUCCAGCCAAGGCACCUCACCUCGCCCACAGCACAACGUAACCCCCCCAAUUCGCGUGGCGGAGUUCAGAUUGCAGUUCCUUCCGGCAAUCCCGCCGCCGCCCAGCCACACGCCGCGCCGCGCCGCCAGCCGCCGCACGCGGGUGGCGCGAUGCCGAAGAAGAUGGGCGUGAACUCCAAGGCGGAGGCGGCCCGCGAGCGGCGAUCCGCCACGGAGGCCGACCGCCGCGACCGCCAGGAGCGCGCCAAGGAGGAGCAGUACUGGGCCGAGGCCGAGGGCCCCAAGUCCCGCGCCGCGCGCCGCCGGGAGGAGGACGCCGAGAAGCGCGCCGAGGCCGCGGCGCGCAAGGCCGAGAACCGCCGCCUCGCCGAGGCCGAGGCCGCGGCCGUGGCGGCGUCGCGUCCGCCGUCCAAGGCCGCCGCGCGCAAGGCGUCCCGCGUCGCGGCCCCGCCGCCCAAGGUCACCGAGGCCGAGCUCACGCGCCGCCGCGAGGAGGAGAGGCUCCGCCUCGAGCGGGAGGCGGAGGCAGCCAAGAAGCGGGCCGCCCGGAUGGCCGAGGAGGAGGAGUACGAGCGCGUCGUCCUAGUCGCCAACACCAACAGGGACGACUCCCUCAUCGAGGCCAGGUCGGUAGAGGAGGCCAUCGCGCGGAUGUCGGUUGUCGAUCCGCAGGCGGCACUGCCCGCUGACAAGCAUCCUGAGCGGCGCCUCAAGUCGUCCUUCAAGGCAUUUGAAGAGGCAGAACUCCCAAAGCUGAAGGAAGAAAAGCCAGGCCUAACACUGAAUCAGUACAAGGACAUGAUAUGGAAAUUAUGGAAGAAAUCUCCAGACAAUCCUCUUAACCAGGCUGCUGAGUGAUGCUGCUUUCCUACUGAACUGUCUGAGUAAUUUGAGGCAAGUCUUCAAUGUUUGUGACUUAUGUGGGCUCAUUCAACUGCUGUAAAGUUUCAUGAACCAUAGCAUAUUGGAGACCAAUCCCCAAGCAGGACUGGAUGAGCAGCAGAGCUUGAGCUAGGCAGAUGUUCAGUUUCUCGGCUAAUAAUCACCAAACUGCAGCGAUGUAUAUUGAUUUAAGAUUCUGUUCAGUUUCCUUUUUGUGCUUAAUAUGGUUGAACCAUGUUUGUACCCCAAACAUAGUUCGGGUGUAAUAGUACCUUUGAAUUUUGAACAAAUUGGUGCACUGGGCUGAACCAUGAUAUGUCAUUGAGUUACAGAGGCAACCCUUUACUUA